CCAGCCUUAACCACAGGGAAUUGGCCUAUAAAAGUGCCCGUUUAUGACGCAGAUCUAGCUAUUUGACGACAGUUCUUGGAACGGAUAGGAUCAGCGGGACAGCUGGAGUGGCUUUUGUCGAGGUUAAGUUCAGUGACGAUGGAUCUCAAGUGUAGGAUCUUGAUCUUUUUUGUGGGGCUGACGGUGCUGAGUGUCGUGAACUGCCAAAUACCAGGCUUCGGUGGAUGUCCAGAUUACACUCCAAUUCUGAGGUUUAAUCGAACGCGAUUCCUGGGAACUUGGUACGAAGUUGAGCGUUAUUUCACCGUUAGCGAGGUCGCUACCAAGUGCGUUUCGGCGACCUACGAACUGCAACCCGACGGGAAGAUCUACGUGCGUAAUGCUUUGACCAAUCGAUUCAACAACGUGCAGCGCGUCAUCUCUGGAGUGAUGGAAGCCCAAGGCAGAACCAAGGAUGGCAGGUACACGAUUCAGUACCAGUCCUUCCCGUAUAACUACAACGCGACAUUCAUGGUUCUGGACACGGACUACGACUCCUUCGCGGUAAUCUACUCUUGUAGCUCGAUCGGACCAGUCGGCCACACGGCUUCCACCUGGGUUCUGGCCCGAGAGCGACUGCCGCCCGGACCGGUGAUGCAGCGGGCGUACGGAGUGCUGGACAAGUUCCGCAUCAACCGCAGCUUCUUCGUGAAGACCAUCCAGGAGGAUUGCGUCAUUCGGGCGCCGCCAGAGCCGGCGUACGAUCCGACGGAAUCGUCCACGGGCUCGCGGCGUCAAAGUGUGCCCGGUUUGAAGGGGGAGGACGAAGACGAGGACUCGGUGCUGAAGACGGAAGAUGAGCUGGUGCAGCUGAGGAAUGAGUUCGUCGUGAUGCCCGAGAUAGACGUCGAGGUUGAUCCGGUGGUGGAAGAGAGUGAUUGAAGAUUUUUUUUGGAAUCAAGGUGGUUGAAAUAAAGUGAAUUUUCAUGAAAU